UCAGAUCAGGUGAGAGAAUUGAAGAAAGUUAAAAUGGCAGAAUUGGUUAUAGGCUACUUGGAAAUAUUGGUAGCAGUCGCAUGUUUUCUGUUGUUUUACGUUUGGAGGGAGGACAGCAAAGGGUUUCCUCGGAACUAUCCGAUUGUGGGCAUGUUGCCGGGGUUUCUGUACUACAGAAAUCAGGCCCACCAGAGAGUAACCAACUCGAUGCGGCUGUCCGGCGGGACCUUCCUCUACAAAGGGCCAUGGUUUGCCAACAUGGACAUGCUGGCCACGGUGGACCCGGCCAACGUGCACCACGUCAUGAGCGCCAACUUCAUGAAUUUCCCCAAAGGGCCUAAGUUUAAGGAGAUGUUCGAGGUGCUGGGGGAAGGGAUUUUCAACGCAGAUUUGGAGAUGUGGAGGGUUCAGAGGAAGAUUGCCAGGGGAUUUAUGAUGCAUGCGCGCUUUCACAGGUUUCUGCUGGAGACAAGCAGGGUUAAGGUUGAGCAAGGGCUGAUCCCGGUUCUGGAACACUACGUAGUAGCAGCCGAAAACCAGGGGGGGUCGGCCGUGAUGGAUCUGCAAGAUUUGUUUCAAAGGUACACCUUCGACACCAGUUGCAUUCUCAUCACCGGCUAUGAUCCCGGCUGCGUCUCCGUCGAUUUCUCGGAGGUUCCGUUCUCCAAAGCCAUGGAUGAUGCCGAGGAAGCCAUUCUGGUCCGCCACAUCAUGCCGGAGUGCAUAUGGAAGCUGCAGAGAUGGGUGGGAGUUGGGUCGGAGAAGAAGCUCACCCAAGCCUCCAACACUUUGGAUCAAGUCAUAGCGGGAUACAUAGCCAAGAAGCGCCAAGAAGAGGAUCCGGAUGACAAAGAGGAAACUAUCAGGGGUUGUGAUCUCUUAACAUCAUACUUGAGACAUCAACAAAGUGAUCAGGACACUAUGGGGUUAAACUUAAAACUAGACGACCAGAAGUUCUUGAGAGACACCAUAAUGAACCUUAUGAUAGCGGGGCGGGACACCACCAGCUCCGCCCUCACCUGGUUCAUAUGGCUAGUCUCCACACACCCCCACGUGGAGUCCAAAAUCAGAGAGGAGCUAACCAAAACCCUCAUCCCCAAAGACCAAUCCCAAAAAUGGAGAGUUUUCAACGCCGAAGAGCUCAAGCCCCUAGUCUAUCUCCACGCCUCCAUUUGCGAGUCUUUGAGGCUAUACCCACCCGUUCCCUUCCAGCACAAGGAGCCAGUCCACACCGACACUCUCCCCAGCGGCCAUUCCGUCCACCCCAAGAUGAAAAUAAUGAUCCCUUUAUACGCAAUGGGGAGGAUGGAGUCAAUAUGGGGAGAAGACGCUGCGGAAUUCAAGCCGGAGAGAUGGAUAUCAGAGAAGGGGACGGUGAAGCAUGAGCCUUCCUACAAGUUCAUGGCGUUCAAUGCAGGGCCUAGGACUUGCUUGGGUAAAGAAAUUGCUUUCACCCAAAUCAAGCCCGUGGCUGCUUCAAUUAUACACAAUUACCAAGUUAAGGUUGUGGAAGGCCACCCUGUGGAACCAAACUCUUCUAUUAUUCUCUACAUGCGACAUGGCUUCAAGGUUAGGCUUCAUAGGAGAUCAAUGCUAAACUAGCUAGCUCAUAAACCCGGCCCGGCCGGCCUCACCAAUAUUUUUAUGUAAUGUCAAUAGUAUUACUGUCGGAACAACAAAGUAUGAUAUAUCUAAUUAUUAUAUCAUAUAGUAUUAGUAUUGAUGUUGACAGUAUCCAAUAUAACUAAGUAUAGUACGGUAUGUAUACUUGAUUAUAUUGGUACUAUCAACAUAGGCCGGUAGAAAAAUAUAUAUAUACUUGGACUUGUAUGGAGCCAAAUAAUUAAAUUAAAGAAAAUAAGUUUGUUUUGC